GAUCAGCUGUUUGAGACCCUGCGCACGCAUCUCUCUAACCAGGACUCAGUUCCAGUAACAUUCCUUCCUCUCCAAGAUGCCGGGUUGGUCUGUUGUGUCUCUGUCCCGGAUGCUGCAGGCCAACACACACAUGGCUCAGGUGUUGAGGGCAGCCUUGUGUGGAAGGAGGCAGAUGUCCCGCUACACCCCACCCCCAGCACGGUACGGGGGUCGUCACACGGUGACUCUCAUCCCAGGAGACGGUAUCGGACCUGAGCUACUCAGCCAUGUUAGAGAACUGUUCAGGUUCUGCUGUGUACCUGUGGAUUUUGAGGUGGUGAAUGUGGAUUCUACUAUGACAUCAGAGGAUGAUAUCAACGACGCCAUUACAGCCAUCAGACGCAACGGAGUGGCCCUCAAAGGCAACAUUGAGACCAACCACAACCUGCCUCCCUCCUUUAUAUCCAGAAAUAACCUGCUACGUACCAGUCUGGACCUGUAUGCCAACGUGAUGCACUGCCAGUCUCUGCCAGGCGUUCGGACUCGUCACAGGAACAUCGACAUCAUCAUCAUCAGAGAAAACACUGAGGGAGAAUACAGCAGUCUGGAGCACGAGAGUGUGUCUGGGGUUGUGGAGUGUCUGAAGAUCAUCACGAGGACCAACUCUCUGAGGAUUGCUGACUAUGCUUUCAGACUGGCCAGGGAGAGAGGUCGUCGUAGGGUCACCGCUGUCCACAAGGCCAACAUCAUGAAGCUAGGUGAUGGUCUGUUCCUACAGUGUUGUAAGGAGGUUGCCGCGGGUUAUCCAGACAUCGCCUUCGAUGCCAUGAUAGUGGACAACACCACCAUGCAGCUGGUGUCUAAGCCGCAGCAGUUUGACGUGAUGGUGAUGCCUAAUCUCUAUGGUAAUGUGGUGAGCAACGUGUGUGCUGGUCUGGUGGGGGGGCCGGGACUCGUUCCAGGAGCCAACUACGGGACGGACUACGCUGUGUUCGAGUGUGGCACCAGGAACACAGGGAAGAGCAUAGCAAAUGGUAACAUAGCCAACCCUACAGCCAUGUUACUCGCUUCCUGUCUGCUUCUGGACCAUCUGAGGCUACAUGCAUACGCCACCAUGAUACGACGGGCUGUCAUCGCUACUGUUACUGAGACACGGCUCCAUACAGCUGAUUUGGGAGGUCAGGGGUCAACCUCUGAUGUGGUCCAUUCCAUCAUGAAGGAGAUACAGAGCACUGGACCCCUAACACAGAACAUCUAAAUAUUUAUUUCACUUAUGACUGUAGCCUACCCUAUAAUUAUGACCCUAUAAUUAUGACCCUAUGACCCUAUAAUUAUGACCCUAUAAUUAUGACCCUAUGACCCUAUAAUUAUGACCCUAUGACCCUAUAAUUAUGACCCUAUAAUUAUGACCCUAUGACCCUAUAAUUAUGACCCUAUAAUUAUGACCCUAUAAUUAUGACCCUAUGACCCUAUAAUUAUGACCCUAUGACCCUAUAAUUAUGACCCUAUAAUUAUGACCCUAUAAUUAUGACCCUAUGAC